AUGCUUUUACUAUACCAAUGGCCUGAGAGUAUUACCAACGAAGCCGGUAACCCAUGCAGAACCCUGCGUGAAUUCUACGGCGGGCCAUUUUUCAACGGAGAAGGCGGGUUUCUUUAUCAGAACUUGAUUCCAAGCCGGUCAAUCGAUCAAUCAUUCCCUUGCUUGCCCGGUAAUGACAAGGAUGCUUUUAUGUCAUUUAUAAGCUGUAUGCUGACCUGGGACCCGGAGAAGCGAAAGACGGCGCGCGAAUUAAUGGAGCAUCCAUUUCUGAUUGGAUAA